GUGGGCGGGGCCGGCCGGAGCGGCUCGCGGGACGCCGAGCGGCUGAGUGGCAGAGUGCAGCCUGCCUGGAACCCUGGCGGCAGGCCCCCCGGGAUGAUCUGGGCAUGGCCUCUGGAGCCCCAGAGCAGAGCAGCCAGAUGGCAGAGGAGACCCCCAGCUUCCUGGACGAGUUUCUCCGCAACUUCCCAGCCCCACUGAGCGCAGAGAGCCCUUUGCCAUGGAAGAUCCCAGGGACGGUGCUGAGCCAGGAGGAGGUGGAGGGCGAGCUGGCCGAGUUGGCAGUGGGCUUCCUGAGCAGCAGGAACGCUCCGCCGCCACUUGCUGCAUCUCUGGCCCACGAAGCCGUUUCCCAGCUGCUGCAGACAGACCUUUCCGAAUUCAGGAAGCUGCCCAGGCAGGAGGAGGAGGACAGCGAGGAAGUGGAGGAGGAGAAGGCCCCCGUGACCUUGCUGGAUGCCAAGGGCCUGGCGCUGAGCUUCUUCAACCGGUUCUGGGACGUCUGCAGCCAGUGGCAGAAGCAGGUGCCCUCGACUGCCCGGGCUCCACAGCGGCAGUGGCUGGUCUCCAUUCACGCCAUCCGGAACACUCGCCGCAGGAUGGAGGACCGGCAUGUGUGCCUUCCUGCCUUCAACCAGCUCUUUGGCCUGUCCGACCCCGUGGAUCGCGCCUACUUUGCAGUGUUUGACGGCCACGGAGGAGUGGAUGCCGCGAGGUAUGCCGCUGUGCACGUACACGCCAAUGCUGCUCGCCAGCCGGAGCUGCCCACACGCCCCGAGGGAGCCCUCAGAGAAGCUUUCCGGCGCACCGAUGAGAUGUUCCUCUGGAAAGCCAAGCGGGAGCGGCUGCAAAGUGGAACCACAGGCGUGUGUGCACUCAUCGCGGGAAAGACCCUGCACAUCGCCUGGCUGGGGGACUCCCAGGUCGUCCUGGUGCAGCAGGGACAGGUGGUGAAGAUGAUGGAGCCGCAUAAACCCGAGCGACAGUGCCGGGUGCCCGGCCCGUGGAGCGCCGAGGCCCCCACUCUGGCUGUCUUCCGCAGGACGAGAAGGAGCGCAUCGAAGCGCUGGGCGGCUUCGUGUCUUACAUGGACUGCUGGAGAGUCAACGGGACCCUGGCCGUCUCCAGAGCCAUCGGGGAUGUCUUCCAGAAGCCCUACGUGUCUGGAGAGGCAGACGUGGCCUCCCGGGAGCUUACCGGCUCGGAGGACUACCUGCUGCUGGCCUGUGAUGGCUUCUUUGAUGUCGUCUCCCACCAGGAGGUGGCCGGCCUUGUGCAAAGCCACCUGGCCAGGCAGCGGGGCAGCGGGCUGCACGUCGCCGAGGAGCUGGUGGCCGCAGCCAGGGAGCGGGGCUCCCGUGACAACAUCACGGUCAUGGUGGUCUUCCUCAGGGACCCCCGAGACCUGCUGGAGGGGUGGGCCCAGGGGGCCGGGGAAUCCCAGGCCGACAGGAGAAGCCAGGACUUGCCCUCUGCCCUCUCAGAGCCAGAGAACAACACGCCAUGGAGAAGCUAGGAGGCCCAGGGCCCCGGGGUCCCCACCCUAUGACCCUAUGACCCUUCCCCUCAGGUGCCUAAGGACCCAAUAGGCAGGGGUGGGCAGGCGGCACCACCCAAGCAGUGCUUUUCCCUGGGAUCCCUGAGCCCCUGUGCUGCUUGCAUCAGUCCCUCCUGGUGGCUGUGGCACCGCAUGGGGCGUGGGUCUCACACCUUGCUCGUGACAGGCAGUGGGACAGAGGAAGCCUUGCCAGAGAGAAGAUGACCUGGGAACUGGACUGGCUCUUGAUCCCCAGGAGGUGGGGGUGGAACCAGAGGCCGCAGUCACUGGCUGCAGCCCGACCAAAGACACCGGCGUGUGUGCGGGGCAGUGGCGCGCUGCGGGGGGCUCUUGGGCAGACCCAGAGCCGUGGGUCUUUGCAAACACGUCCUGGGCGCCCAGCGCAGGUUUUUUUCUCCAUUCCUCAUAGGCCACAGCUGGGAGGGCUCGCGUCGGCAGACGCACCUGGCUGGGCUCAGCUGGCCAAGCUCGCUUCCCAGACGGGAGAGGAUCUAGGAUUGCAUCUGCAGUGGUCGCCCGCCUGCGCCAAGGCAGCCGGGACAUGUGUGGCCCUGGCCUCACUGGUCCCUCUCGUCCCCCAAAGGGGCAGGGGAAGCUCAGAGAUGCUGCACUCGUCUUUUGUGUUGUUGUUGUUUUCCAGGGAAAAGUCUAAUUCUGAAGCAGUAUUUGCGGUUUUGUCUUUGUUCUGUCAGUGCCAAAGUGACCUGUUGUGUCAAAUAACUUAAGCAGAGCUUAGCAUUUAUUUUAAUCCUUAGAAACUUACGUAUUGGUUGUUGUUGGUUUUUUAGGGGAACCUUCUUUUGCAGUAUUACUGAAUUUUUUUCUUAAAUCAAGAUUGAAAUAAAAACCAUUCCAGGUAGUGUUAAUAAGCCAUUCAAGUGCCUUAAACGGUUUUAGGGAAGGCUAGAUCUGCCGGGCCUAUGAUGAGUUCCAAUAGGCAUGGUUAAGUUUCCACAAGAGCAGGAUUUAUUUUGUUACACAGGGUGGUUUAGGCUAGAAUCCUCCCUGCAGACUUCUUUCUGCCUCUCUGAGAUGUGCCGCCGACAGUCAGCAAGGUGGUUCCUAAGAGCAUGGGCUGUUCCGUGGGGCCCUGAUCCCCACCUUCCUUGGCCCUGCCACUUGGUAUCUGGCUGGACCCUAAGCUGGGGGCCCGAGCUCCGUGAGCAGGCACGCCCUUGCUGCUGUUUGGAAUGUUCCAGAAUGUCUUGUGUGUUGGUAGUUGGAUGGGUUUCAUUCGGUAACACAUUCUUGGAGGCUCUGGCAAGUCUGUGGGUCUGUUUGGAGGCAGCAGGGAUGUGGCUGGGAGUCUGUCCCACCCGCCCAACUGAUGCCCCUCUUCCUGCCAAUAGCUGGCAGCCUCUGCUGCCUUGACUGCCUGUGAGAGAGCUCGCCCGGGUCCCCGACUGCCCUGGGAAGGUGAAGCUCAGGGGACUUCGUUUGCCCACAUCAAGUGGGCGCUACAACUGCUGUGUGGAUUGAAGGUGGCAGGGCUGGGUGAGGGCUCCAGGCAGAGGUCAGGCAAGGGGGAGAUGGGUGUCCGGUGGGAGGACCUGGGCUUGCAGGGGUGGGCAGGGCUGCUGCAGGCAGAGGCUGGCAAGUCUGGGAGGGGCAGUGAGUCGCUUAACUGAGGCUUCAACAGAAGGUUGCCUGGGGGCUGGGGCAGUGGGAGGAAGCUUGGUGCCGGGUCCCCAAGGCCAGGAGUCCUGUAGAGGCCUUCUGAGUCCACCCACAGCUGCAGAGCCCCAGGAAGAUCUGCCUGGGGAGCCCCCUGACCCCAGGGGCAUUGAGGGGAGUCCCGGGGAAGUGGCGGGGAUGAGAGGAUGUUUUAGGGAAGGAGCCAUGGGGCCACCCGCAGGUUCUGAGCUUAUCCCACCCCCGCAGCAGGAUGAAGACGCUAAGGCCAUGCAGCCAAUGCCUCUCUCAGGGCCUCAUGGUAAAAAGCAUCUUAAACAUGGUCACUGCAAUCCGGAGAAUGUUUGGCAGCCAGCAUGACCAUGUGUUACCCCAUUUAACUUGAAGGCCCGCUGUCUUCUGGGGGCCAGAAGCCUCCUCGUCAGCCCCUCCCAGCACAAGGCUGGCAGCAGGCUGGAUGUGGCCCCACCCUCCACUACCAGCCUGGCAUCCUGAGGGCAUGACCUUAAUGGAGGGAGGGAG